AUGGCUGGGAAAUGGAAUCUGUUCUCCUUCUCGAGCUGGAAGAGACAGUGGAUGCCCGUUGUUGUUUCUUCGGAAACACCGUUCAUGCCGGCAGCAACUAUGUGCCAAUGGUUCAUGUUCUGGUUGAAGACCUGCUUGAGUGUUGCAAAGGGUAAAUUUGGAUCUAAUUCACUCAUUUUUGCAUCAGAAAACGGUCAUCUUGAAAUUGUUAAAUAUCUUAUUUCAGUUGGAGCUGAUAAAGAUGCAAAGAAUGAAGAUGGAUAUACUCCACUCAUGUAUGCAUCAUAUUUUGGCAAAAUUGGCCUUGUUCAAUAUCUUAUCUCAGUUGGAGCUAAUAAAGAAGCAAAGGAUAAAAAUGGAUAUACUCCACUCAUUUGUACAUCAUUUAAUGGCCGUCUUGAAGUUGUUCAAUAUCUUAUCUCAGUUGGAGCCAAUAAAGAAGCAAAGAAUAAUGAUGGAGAAACUGCACUUAUGGUUGCAAAAGGUAAAGUAAUAUAUUACUUAAAAACCAUUUGUGCCAAUUAA